AUGCCUCCUCAACCUACACCCGCAGCACGCCCGGCACAGACUUCGGGUCCGGCCAAGUCGACCUCUACCGCGACGACAAAGACCACUUCGACUCCGGCGGCAUCAAAGUCAAGUGGGACUCCGGCUGCAACAAAAACAACUCCGGCUCCGGCUACUACAAAGACGACACCAGCUCCGGCUACUACAAAAACAACUUCGACUACGGGUACGAGCAAGACAACCUCAACCCCGGCUGCAAACAAAACGAGCCAGGCCCCGGCUUCGACCUCGACUUCCGGCCAGUCGGCCCCCGCCGCGGCUUCCACGGCGGCCCCGACGCAGGAGGAUCUCAAGUUCGACAAGGAGCAAACGCGCAAGGAAGCCCUGAUGCAGGCGCACUGGCUGCAGUGGUCGGCGAGCGCCGAAACGGAGCGGUCGUACGUCAUCGUCUUUGACCAGUCGAGCGCGCCCGUCACCGCCGAGCUCAAGCGCAUGACGCCGGGGGCGAAGCCGGCCGCCGUGCCCCAGGUGCGCGGCUUCUUCGACUUCCUCAGCUCGACCAAGCUUGGUGACGUCCAGGUCGCCACCGUCGACGCCGCCACCUACGGCCAGCUCAUGGACAAGUUCGACUUCAAGCGCAUCACCGUCAAGGUAAACAAGGAGAACCGCACCGGCUUCAUCCCCAUCGCCCGCGCCACCAACACAAGUGAGGGAACCCCUGCCCAGGCUGCCCCCGCCGCCACCGGGGACAGCAACGCCAGUGGCACUAGCACUGGGGCUACCAAGACUAGCAACACUAGCACUGGGGCCACCAAGACCGGCGGUGCCAACACCGGGAGCGGCAACGCUACCAAGGGUGCCAGUGCUGGGACUAGCAAUGCUACCAAGACCGCGGCCAGCAGCGCUGGGACUGGCGGUGCCACCAAGGGCAACGGUGCUGGCGGCGCCGCCACGAAGGGCACCAGCGCUGCAAGCAGCACUACCAAGACCAGUGGCACUGCGGUUAAGGGCAAGGGUACGGACCGGUCGUAG